AUGGGAAACGAACAGUCGUCCAGUAAUAAUCAAAGCAACUCGCCUUCUUUUUCAUUUUUAGCAAGAAGUAGGAAAUUUCUUCUUUCUUCUUUUAAACAUCAAGAUCAGGGACCUUGUAGGAAUAGAAUUCAGAUAGUGAAUUCCAAAUUUUGCGACAAAAUUUUGUAAAAUGAGAAAGAACUCAAGAGCCUCAGAGUGGUCACUGUAAGGGCUUGCGCAAGACACCCCUAUAGGGAACCUUCUAAUCGAUUACUGUAGAAGAAAAAGCAUUUCCAUGCAGGAAACUCGGUAUUUUAGCGUUAUUCAAUGGUAAAAUAUCAACAGAGAAUGAUUUUUUAAGUUUUUUUUUCAAAUGAAAGAAAAGAACAUAUAGGGACCACUUGAGCCUUCACGGGUCAGGCCCCAAACUUUUAUGGGGACCACCUAAGUGUUAGCCAUUUGGAGAGCACUCUUGUCCCCUAUAGGGGCUCUUUUUUUUUCCUAACCCCUAUAGGGAUCACUCUGGCGAUAUUAAAAAGGUGUCAUAAAACGGCCAAGAGGUUUUUUGUGUUAUAGUGCGUUUCGCGUAAGAUGUAUCCGGUUUACAAAAAAAAAACAAAAAAGAAAGCUACCGUAAAUAUAAAUCUUGCUCUAAAAAACUGCUUAAAAGACAGCAGACUAUAAAGGUCUUGAAGAUAAGCUGCCGCGGAAUAGGCUAUAACUGUCCUUAAAAAUCAAUAAUUACGAUAUUUCCUCUCUUCUUCAAUCAUAAAUAUAUUCAGCUAACACGAAACGUUCAAAAGGUAUCGUGGUGGUGAAAGAUGGCAACGUGGCCCAGGAAACCGUGGAAGAUGACGAAACUUUCAAGCGUUUCUCGGUAAAUCCGAUUUCCCUGCCGAAAUAAAUACUUGUUCCAGGAAAUCCCUCGUUUCCUUCCCAUUAUACCGAAUAUCAUCAACCGCAAAACUCAGCCGCCACUGCCCGUCCAAACUUACACCAAAAUGAACCCAACGCCUUUCUUCAAGUGACUUUUAUAGUGUUUUCUCCAAAAAAAUUUAGUGAGUUUCAGAUUUUCCCAACGUUUCCAAGAACAUCUCAACAUUUGUGCCAAAUCCGUUUCGGCCGAGGAGAGCAAAAUCGCGCCCGCCAUUAAGCAUGUUCUCAGAUUUAUUCUUUUUAAAAAUUUAUAAUUUAUUAUUUUGAGGUCGACUCGAAAAUCGCAAAAGUUCUCGACGUGAUGACCAAAAGAAAAACCUCGCAUGAUAAACUUCAAAAGGCGCUUUUUUCCUUCAAAAGCAUCCAGGACGAUGUUCUUCGUAUCCAAGUUGGUUUUUUGAGAAUUUUUUCUGCCUUUUGUGUUUUUUUAGAGAAGUUUUGAGUAGGGCAGCUUUAGAAAAUUAUCUAAAAUUGACAUUUUUUCACACUUUCGGCCUAGGGGUACUUAGGAACUCUAGAGUGGUCCCUGUUGAGGUAAAAUCAAAAUGGUUUCUAUAGAGGUUUAGUUCUGACCCCUCAACCCUAGCCCCAAAAAGCUCAAGUGGUCCCAAUAGGGGUCAUUCAACUUCAUUUAAAAACGCUUAUUUGUUUAAUUUUUCGCAUGGAAAGGCUUCUUUGAAUAGAGUACAUAAAAAUUAUCGAUUACCAUAUCCCCUAUAGGGACCACUUUCGCAAGCUUAACUGCCCCCUCUAGGGGUCGGUAAACUGGUCCCUAGAAGGGACUCUCCAAGGGUCUUCAUGAAAUUUUCAGCUCCGACAAUUUUAUUUUUGAUGUACGGGUACGAUUUGUUCAUCUCUUUUCGUGAAUUUACUACGAAAAAAUCUUUUCAAUUAUACGGUUGACUUUUCAUUAAAUAGUCAAGUUUUCAAAAAUAAUCAUGAAACGUUUCGAUUCGAGCUAUAAUAGGGAAAGACAGCUGCUAUAAUUCAAUAACAUAUUUUGGUAAAUAACGGUUUUAAAAGAUGUGAAUGAAACGAUUAAGCUCCUCCUCGAGGACAUUGUCCCCAUCGCCGAGACGCUCAACGAGCUGCUCGUGCCGGAGCAGCGCCUUCCGCCUCUGAAACUCGGCCGCGUCCUCGUCCGGACGCCGGCGCCAAGCAGCGCCAGCUCCCAACAAAGCACCCCUCGACGUCAUCUCCGUCCCAUCGAUCCCAUAGAGGAGAUCCACGUGACGGACCUCGUCGAUCAAUAA